CCCAUCUCACGAAAUUCACCCAGUAGCCGUUGACGGCUCUUUAGGUGACGGAUUGAGCGCAGAAUCAACUAUUUUCUUUCCCCCCUGUUUUCAUUUAUUUAUUUUUUUAUUUUAGGACUGGGGAAAAAAAAGAAGGAACAAGAAAGAGGUUUGAAAGCUACACCGUAGCAGCGAAGCUAAACCUAUCCUGCGUUACAACCUCGAGACAAGUCGGGACAGGACCAGUCUCAGGGCUCACCAUACUCAAUGAGCGGACAGCGCAAUGUCAGAGCGCUCUGGGCAAACUGCAAAGGGGAAGGAAGGCAAAACCAAGUAUGCGUCGCUCAACUUGUUUGAUACAUACAAAGGAAAGAGCCUUGAAACACAAAAGCCUGUUGUUCCCCCCCGCCAUGGCCUGCAGUCUCUCGGUAAAGUUGCCUCCGCGCGGCGUAUGCCACCACCUGCCAACCUGCCCAGUCUGAAGGCAGAGAACAAAGGCAACGACCCCAACGUCUCGCUCGUUCCCAAAGACGGCACAGGAUGGGCAAGCAAACAGGAACCAGCAGACCCAAAGAGUACCGAUGCAUUAUCAGCACCGCAGCCGGAAUCGCAGCAGCCUGUGGCUUCACAGACACCUGCGCCGACCCGCCCGAGAACCCCACCAGUUUCAGAGGCUCUGGCCCCACCUUCAACACAGGCCGUAGGGGUAAGGUCUUGGGCACAGGCCAGCGUUACACUUGGAACACAAGGGGAUGGUGGAAAGGGAUCAAACCUACCAUCGCCAUUCUCUCGCGAGGAAUUUCCCACCCUGCAGUCGGCUGGCGACCAGGACAAAGCUGGCAGAGAACAGGCCACUGCAGAUCAGUGGUAUGGGCCCGGACCAAGCCUCCGCCCCCAGAACGUUACAAGUUGGCGGGACGGUGGGGGCCGAGCCUUGGCACCCACCCUGCCUGGGGAGGGGGCAGCAGAGGGGGGCACAGGUGGAGCGCUGGUGAUGGAUGGGGCAGCUGUGGUCCCUCCUCCAAACUCCCAGAUGCCUCCUAGGAAUCCCCCAGCAGGCAGCCCCGCCUUGCCCCUGCCCCAGCCCCCCGUGGGGCCCGGGUUUCCCCCAUAUCGAGGGAUCAUACCACCCUUCAUGUAUCCCCCCUAUCUCCCGUUCCCGGGGCCCUAUGGCCCUCAGGGGCCCUACAGGUACCCGGCACCAGGGGAAGGGCCCGUCCCGAGGUUCCCACGUGGACAGGGCGGUCCUGACAGGCCCCACGGCGGCCCACGGGAUUCAGGAGAGGUGGUGAAACGGCCCUCCAUCUUAAAGCAGGACGACCUGAAGGAGCUCGAUGAGCUGGACCAUGAUGGAGAUGAUGGCUGGGCAGGGGCUCACGAGGAGAUCGACUACUCCGCCAAGUUGAAAUUCAGUGACGAUGAAGCAGAUGAAGACGGAGACCAAGACAAGAAGGACAGCAAGAACGACUUGCGUGAGCAGCAGAGGUCCCAGGAUGCUCCCACUGCAAACUCUCACUCUCGAGCCUCAGACAGCGGCGGAGAAAGUCGUCACUCGCCUCCCUCUAAUGCUGACGGCGUCCCCCAGCCCCCCUCCAGCAAGCCAGGAAGUGCCGAGGAGGGAAGCAGCGGCUGGGGAAACCAGGCGGCGCCGUCCAACUAUCAGCUAGGGAGUCAAGCCGCAACAGGGCGCAGGCCUGGAUUGGGUGGUCCCCGGGAGCAGCCCUCCCCCCCACCUGGGCCGCUCCUCGGACAAGGGCCCUACUCCUAUUAUCGACAGGACCGGCCACACGGUCAGGGUGCCCCUCUUGGCCCGGUGAAGCCCGCCCCUGUCCAGCUGCAGCCCGGCUCAGUGGCUCCGGCCACCUCUCCCCAGCCUAGCCUGCUGGUCCACGGGGCCCAGGGCGACGACGAAGACGAGACCUGGCGUCAGCGCAGAAAGCAGUCCUCCACUGAGAUCUCCGCAGCCGUGGAACGGGCCCGACGCCGGCGCGAGGAGGAAGAGCGCAGGAUGGAGGAGGAGCGACGGGCCGCUUGCGCCGAAAAGCUGAAGAGGCUGGAUGAGAAGCAGCAGCAGCAGCAUGGCAGCAGCUCAGGAGCCGGCGGCGGCGGCAGCAAGACCCCCAGCCUCGAUGGGAACUCGGCAGCCGCUACGGCCGGCAGCCCCACUCCGUCCGCCUCUGCAUCCUCCCCGAACAUCAGCCAGCCAGCCUCCCCGUGCGUGGACACCGAAGAACCUCCAGUGCUAGCAGCCCAGCCAGGGACCGGUACCGGAGCGAGCGACCGUCAGCGAGCCAGCAGCAACAGCAGCUACGACUCCAGCGCGGAUGUCCAACAGUGUCCCCAGCCGGCGGUGUCCCAGUCCCAGCAGCCCAUACUGGACGUCCCUCCAUCAGUGGAGAGUAAGGAAGAGGCCGUAGGCAGCCCUCACGUCCGUGCAGGAGGUGGAGCAGAAAGGAGCGUCGAGCCGGUGAAGGUUGAGAGUUCUGGUGGAGGAGCGGGUCGUCAGGCCAGUGGUCCUCCCGGGCCGGGUUACUCCAAGUACCAGAAAUCUCUACCGCCUCGCUUCCAGAGGCAGCAGCAGGAGCAGCUUCUGAAGCAGCAGCAGCAAUGGCAACAACAGCAACACAGCCAGGCAUCCCAAAGUCAGCUGUCCCCCCAGCCCCAGGGGCCUCAAGGUCCCUCCCCAGGUCCGACCCCCCAGCCAGGCCCCGGGCCAAAGCAGGGCGGACCCCUGUACCAGCCUGGCAGUAUGGUUCGCCCCCCGCCUCUGCCCAUGAACUUUGAUCCACGCUGGAUGAUGAUGCCCUACAUGGACCCUCGCAUGAUGCAAGGUCGGCCUCCUCCCAUGGAGUACUAUUCCGCCGGCAUGCACCCGUCUGGGCUUAUUGGUCGUGAACGAUCUGAUUCUGGCGGCUCUGGCUCAGAACCUUUUGACCGACAGCAGCAACAUCCGGGCCACCCUCACCGUGGGACUCCGCCGAUGGACCCCAAGCUGGCCUGGGGGCCCGAGGUGUUCCCCGGCGGAGCGGAGAACCGCGGACUGACGUCUCCGUUGAGACAGAAGCAGGCCCUGGAGGAGGAGGAUGUGGUGAAGGGACCCAGAAGUGACACUCCUCCACACCGCCUGCGAGAUGGUGGAUCAUCAUCGGGGACCUCCAGUCAAACGCCUCCUCCUCCUCCUGUUGGUGUGCAGGUUGGCAGCCAGGGAGGUGCACACCAUCCUCAUCACUACAUUGGAGGGCGGGGCAACUACAGCAACUUCCCCGACCAGGGUGCGAGGAUGCCUCCCCACCCGCAGCAGAGGCCGGGCGACAGGGGUAACCAGCCCCACGGCUUCGCCCAUCCAGAUGACGGGGCUCCUCGAGGACCUCAGCAGGUGCAGAUAUGGGGAGCCCCGCAUCCUCAUUACGAUCGAAACGGGCGUGCAGAUCUGCCCGCCGUGGAGGGCAACUCUCAUCUUCCCCACCACCACAGCCACCACCAUCAGCAGCCUCAGUUCCCCCUCAACGCCCACAAAGCGGAAAACAGCCGCGACAGGGUUGCCGAGGCCCCCGCCAAGAAGACGGACUCUUCUCCACCUCUCCACCAGCCCUCCCUGUCAUCCUCGUGCUCCUCUUCCUCCUCCUCCUCGGCCAGGGAGGACGGGAAAGCAGCCCAGCAUCAUCCCCCGCCCCUUAGGGAGGGCGAAGCCGGCGGGAACUCUGGUGAACGAGGCGGCAGCGGCGGCCAUGCCGGCACCAGUCACCCAAAACCAGACAAGUCAGGCCCCGCCUUUCUGGCCCAUUCUAGCCAGACUCCUCUUCACCACGGAGGUCCAAACCAGACUCAGCAGCAUCCUCACCCUAAAUCAAACCAAAGAGGGGGGCGCGAGCAUAAAACGGAGACACAGUGGGGCCCGCGGCCUGGAAGCAACAGCGCGGGUGGGGUAUCCUCCCACGGCAGGAGGGGCAACAACGCAGGAGGAGGGAGCAACCCCCGCGGAGGAGAGGACUCCAGUACUCCAUCAGACCACAAACCCUCGAACCAGACAGGAGGCAGCAACCCCACCAAGAGGGCUGGUCCAAUCAAGAAGCCCCUGCUGAAGGAAAUGAAGAGGGAAGGAGGGGAUGCUGAUGGGGGAGAAAAACCAGUGAAAGACAAGGAGCCGGACGGUGGCCAAGCCAUCUCCAUGAAGCAGGAGGCCUCUUCCACGUCCCAGAACACCUCGCUGGCAACAAAGGAGGAGCAGAACCAUAUAAGUAAAGCCAGGAGCGGAGGAAAAGAACGGCCCCCUGGAGGUGGAGGAGGGUCCGGCAGAGGGUCCAAAGAUGUGGACUCGUCAUCUUCUGGGUUUUCCUCCAGGAGGGACAGAGAGCGCUCCUUUGACAGAGGCGGGGGCUCCCACCACCCCGGAGUGCCCAUUAAAGGGGGCAGGCCUAAUCGGGGACGAGGAGGAGAGUUCUACCGCGGCGGCCGUGGCUACAGGGGGACCUACACCGCCAGCGCCGGACCCACGGGUGGAGGUCGGGGUAGAGUGGGUGGUAGGAGCGGGCGAGACUACCGCUCAUCAGUGGGCGGAGGCCACCACCAAGAAGCCAAGGGAGACGGAUCCGGUGUACGGCAUGGUCAGGACCGGUCUCAGCACAACCCCGCCAGAGCAAGAAACCGCAGCGAAACGCGCAGCGAGGGGUCCGAGUACGAAGAAAUCCCCAAGAGGAGGCGGGAGCGAGGCUCAGAAACGGGCAGUGAGAGCGGGGGCAGCGUCCUCGGCCACUCGGACAAAGAAGACCACACAAAACCCGGUUCCAAGAACUGCUCAGAGAGUGUCAGCGCCCCCGGAAACAUCUCUUCAGCGCCACCUAGAGUUUCUCAGGCCCGCGUCUUUACUCCCCGAGGAGUGCCCUCUAGGAGGGGCAGGGGGGGAGGAGGUGCAGGGGGAAACAUGUACAGGGGCAGCGGCAGCAUCGGGGGGCCAGCUGGGGGACAACGGGUCGGACAUGGCCCGGGUUCUUACUCUGGGGCCUCCAAGUCCACAUCUUCAGGCCGGAAACAGCAAGGUCCACCUCAGAACUCUGGACCUAAAGAUCUGGGUCGAGCAGGGGGAGCAGGAGAAAAGAAGGACAAGGUGGUAGACGGAGGUCCGAAUCAGGGGGCCAACCCCCCUCCGCCAUCUUUGCCUGCCACAACUCCUCCUGCUGUGGGGUCCACUGAGAACGGAGGAGUGGUGACCCAUCAAGCUUCGACCAACCCUGCCCCAAACCCGGCGGGCCCAAACGCCCCCGCUCAUCCCGCUAACCGGGGCCAACCCCCUGGUGGGUUCGAGAGACCCCCGAGGCGCCGCCGUCAUAGCCGUUCUCAGCACCAGCAGGACAAGCCCCCCCGCUUCCGCAAGCUGAAGGAGCGAGAGAACGCCGCGCGCAUCAACGGAGGCGUUGGGGUCAUCGGCGGAGGGAGAGCGUCGUCUCCUUCCCUGAAUGCAGUGCAGGACAGCAAUGGCGCCCCGGUCGCCGCUCCAGUUCCAGGAAAUGGGCAGAACGCCAACCACAGCGCCGCCCUGACCACCACCACCAACAACAACAACAGCAGCAGCAGCAGCACUGGUGGGCAGCUCAACAACGCCAACAGCCACCACCACCACCACUACAACCAGAGCAACGCCGGUCCGGCCCACCCCCAGCACCACCACAACCACGGAGCCAAGUCUCCCGACUUCACCAACCAGAACUCAGACCAGGCCAACGAGGAGUGGGAGACCGCCUCGGAGAGCAGCGACUUCACCGAGUUCAGAGACAGGGAGGCGGGCGGAGGGAAAUCCUACGGCUCCCACCAUCACCACCACCCGGGAAGAGGCGGCGGGGGCGGGGGGGGAGGCGGAGGUCCGGUCGAUCGAGACAUGACCGGUAAAGAGCCGUCGGCGAAUAAACGAAGCUUCUCCAGCCAGCGCCCUGGGAUGGAGCGACAGAACAGGAGGGUCAACGCUGGAGGAGGCGGAGGCAGAGGUCCCCGCGGGCCCCCGGGCGGGGGCUCCGGCGUGCCUGCGAAUGGAGGGGGCAAUCGUGGGGAGAGACGCGGCAACUGGCCAUCACCGAAAAACAGGAAGUGAUGGGAGUAUUAAGAUGUUUUAUUAGACGCCACCCUUCAUCUUAACCCCUUCUGAUCGAUUCUUCACGGCUUCUCUGUCGACUCCCCUAACAUUAGUGGACCGUGCUUCACCUCCGCUGACAUCUCUUCCUUUCACGUCCUCCUGCGCACCGUCCGUUGUUCUCACCUCAUCUCUGUGUUCUGUCUCGCUCUCCUCUCGUUCAUUAACUCACCACCACCACCACCUUUUUUUUUUUUUCCUCCCCCUACCCUUCAACAAACACGCCGUGGUCUGAUCUGAGAAGGCAUGUGGCUGUGUUCACUCAUGCUCCACAAUUACUUGGCUCUACAAGCACAAACAUGGCAUCUUUAAGAAGACCCGCGUAAUCAAAACGUUUGCUUAGAUUGCCUGAAAAUGUUUGGAUUGGGUUUGUUUUAAGAACAUUUCCACCCCAGUCUGGCCUUGGGUGGGACUCGGGGAGUAAAGGUCUGCAUUAGUUUCCUCAUAGAGGCAGAACCCUCCUUUUUAAUAACUUCAUACCUUCCGAGGUCGAGUUUUCUGCUGUUUUCCCGGUUUUUUUUUUUUUUUUGUUUUGUUUGCUUACUUUGUUGCAUUUUUAGUUGGAUUGCUCCCUCAGUCCAUUCUGUACAGCAGGUGAUUAAAUACUUUGCCACUCAUUUCCCCCCCCCCAAUUCCUCCAUGAAACGUUUGUCUGGUUAACUCCUCGGUGCUCACCUCCACCUGCAAUUGAUUUGUUGUUAAUAUAAGUGUUUCUGUUGCUUGUUCAGAUAGAAGGUGUGAAUUUUUAUUUUUGCUCUAAAUUGUUAACCUGCUCUGACAUUUCAUUUGUUAUCCGUUUGCUCCUGUUUGCUCUCUUGGAUUUCUUUCCCUGGCCUCAUCGUAGCAAAAAUCCUCUCCUGCAGAAAUGCUGCAGACUGCAAAACUUACCCAAUAAAUAUAGUUUGAUCAAAUUUGUUUACCCUGUGAGGACUGUAUUGAUAGCAUGAUGGCUUUAUUUUAACAACCAUUAUUUCCUCAGUGACCAGCUUUUUUUUUUUUGUGCGUUUUAUUUUAUUUUUAUUUUUUUUUGUCUUUCUUUCUGACCCCUCCCGCAAAUUUAAAUGCAGUCAAUUCUGACAGGGGGGGGGAGAGAAAAAGAUCCCCAAUCUAAACGCUGGUCAAGAUGUUUAAUGCAAAUGUUUAUUCUUCAGUAGAUUAUUGAAUAUGUUCUAAUAAGCACUCCUUGUAGAAUAAUUUCUCUUUUUUUUUUUUUCUUUUUUUUUUGCGGUAACGUGCUCGGGGAUGUUACAGGACGGGUUUCGCUGUCCGGGCCCACAGAACGGACCCAGUGUUGUACUUUUUUUUUUUUUUUUUUUUUUAAAGCCCCCCUCUCUGCUGUCAUGGGCGGCCCCCCAUGCAGAGAUCCCUCCUACCUAGAAGGACUCGACGUCUGAGGAAAGCGUAAUUUCUCAGAGAGCGCACGCGCAGCCGGGGGCCGUUAAAAGCAGAGCGCAGGACAAUGCCCAACGUGUGACGCGCGUUCCUCUUGUGCAGUUCGCACGGUCCGUGUGACUUUUUACUUGCAACAAAAAGAAAAAGGAAAAAAAAAAAAGAAGAGAAAUGGUGACCUGGAGCGAUGUAGGAUUACACUCAUUAAAAAAGUAGUUUUUAUCACAGCUAGGAGACGUUAAAGCAGCUUAUAACAGCAUCCAAAGUGAACUAAAAAUGAUUUCCUUUGCAUCCAUUCUGUCACUGCUGUAAGUUGGGGCUCUGUUUGUUUACUGACAAUAGUUUGAAGAUUGUCUCUGGGAUGUUGUGAGUAGGGCAUUUGACGAGUUGUGUGUGUGUGUGUGUGCGUGCGUGCGUGCUCGUGUGGAUGUGUGUUUUCUGGUGUUAAUAACUCGGGGAAGGGGGGGGGGCAGGGACGGGAGGGGUGAACGGCGAGCACUUUUCUGCCUCGUUUGCCCUCCCCUCCCCCACAUGUGAUUUAACGGAUAUAAAUCUUCUUAAAUACAUCCACAUGUAUACAUUCAGCCGUGUGUAUAUGUUCAGCAUCCAAAUGAAGACGUGGGGAAAAAUGUCACUUUUUGUGUGCGUGUGUAAUUUAAAGCAUCUCUUCAAACAGCAGGCGAGUGAAGCUGGCACGUUUUUUUUUUUUUGUUUGUUUUUUCCACUCUGAAAUUCUUCUUAGCAUGAAAACACCGCCGGGUGCUGCUUGCAUUGCCUGUUACUGGUUUAUACGUUGGUAGCUGUACACUUAACACUGGCUCAAAGAGUCUCUCAUCCCUCCUUAACGUUGCCGUGCACAUUGUUGUAUGUACCCAUGUUAAAAAAAGAAGAAAAAAAAAAAGAUAAACGCGAGUGGUGUAUUCCGACGAAAGAUCUCUCAACGAUUGUAUUAUGUUUCCAGCGUUAACCGAGGUACACAGAGUGGUUCAAGCUGUUUUUAGCGUUCAUGGUUUUUAGUAAAAAAAAAAAAACACACAAAAAAAAGGAGCCGUAAUAUACACACAUGUAUGUAUAUUGGUAUGUAUCUAAGUUUUUGUCUACCCCCAACUUACAUUCCCACAAACAAAUGUUGCAAUUUUUAGUUCAAGGGAGCAAUGUACAAGCAGAGAAGUGUCUUAUUAUAAUAAAGUUAUAAAGAGAAGGCAAAAGUUAAAUAAACUACUUUUGAUUUAAUGGAAAA